UAUAUAUAUAUAUAUAUAUAUAAACUUUUUGCUUCAUUCAUUUAUUGAUUGUUAUUGAUAUUUAACUUGUUGUAUUAUCUUGUCAUUGUAUUUGUUGCAGUACAAGCAUUUAGUUUUCAGUCCAUUUAACCUUUAUCUGCCACUAAGAGGUUAGUUGACCUUCUUGUCAUUUUAUCACUGGAAUGUUUGUAUAUAUCAUCCUUGUACAACGGAUUGGGAUUGUUUGUUAAACAGAACUUUCAAGUAUUUAAUAAGUUUUUUUUUUUUUUAAUGAAAUGACCCACUUUUGAGUAUUUUAAGUUAUUUUUGAUUUAAAAUUUAAUUACAAGUAUUAGUAAAAGAUAUAAAUUAUUCCACACGUCACCAACUUUCAAGAAUUGAUAGAAAAUUUGGCUAUUAAGCCUCUUCAAGUUUUCAAUUAGAAAAAUGACCUACUUCUAUUUUCUCAUUUGUCAGAUUGAUAAUCGAUCUGUUCAUAUGUAUGUUGGAACGAUAAUCGAUCUGUCAGAUUGAUAAUCUAUCUGUUCAUAUAUAUAGGUCGGAUCGAUAAUCGAUUUGUCGGAUCGACAAUUGAUUUGUCAGAUCGAUAAUCGAUCUGUCUAUAUAUCAAUUGGAUAGAUAAUAGAUUUGUCUCUAAAAUGGAUUAUUUUCCCCCCAAAACAAAAACUUGUAGUCUAUUUAAUUAAAAGAAGACUUGAGAAGACCAUUUAACAAAAGAUCCGUAGAAUUGACAAAAUUUAUUUUUAAAAAACCCUCCCACCAAAAUCUUUUAAAAAUUACAAAUUAAUCAAAGCCCUGAUACAUAUGGACAGAUCGAUUAUCGAUUCGAUCGAUAUAGUUAUGAUCAAUUAUCGAUCCGAUUGAUAUAUGAAAAGACCGAUUAUUGGUUCGACUGAUAUAUGGACAGAUCCAUUAUCAAUCCGAUCGAUUUUAUACAUUAGUCUUCUGUGUUAUACAAUAGCUGAUCAAUUAUAGUAAUUAGUUCGAACAUUUAGAAAGAAAAUACUAGCUUCAAAAAGGAGAAAGUUGAAGAAACAAUGAUUUUUUAGUAAUAAAGUUGAACAUUUUGAAGGACCCCAGUAAACCAAAAUAGUUAUAAAAAAUAGAAAAAAAAUAUGACAACUAAAAAAGAAAGCAAAAUAUAUCAUUCAGAAAAAGUACAUGACAACAAAAAAUAGUAUGGUGACAAUUUAACAUAAUAUAAUCAUCAUCUUUUGAUAACUUUCUGUCUCAAUAAUUUGGUGUUAUAAUCCCAAUUUAUCAGAAGCCAACACUUUGUUAUCUAUAUAAAAAUUAAUACCAUUUUAGUCACUCGGAGAUCAGGUACGACAUAUUUCUAUUGGUUUUCUUCAUGUCUUUUCUUCAUGUAUAUUCUAUUGAUUUGCUACUAUAUCUUUUCUUUAUAUCCUCAUAUUUAGGUAUAUUAUUGCAGUGAUCAGUUGCUUCUUCCCAAAUUUCUACCAUUAAAAAGUUAGUUUCCCUUAAUUACUCAUAUUUCUAAUCUAAUACUCCCUCUGUUUCAAAAAGAAUGACUACUUUCCCUUUUAGUUCGUUUAAAAAAGAAUGAUCUCUUUCCAUUUUUAACAACUUUUUACUUUUAACUUUCCACGUGGCAUACUUAAGACCACAGGAUUAAAGUAUCUUUUAUUUAAGACCACAAGAUUUAAAAAUCUUUUUUAUUUUCUUAAACUCCGUGCCAAGUCAAACCAGGUCAUUCUUUUUGAAACAGAGGGAGUAACUAUUAGUUGAGCGAUCACAUAAGUUUAGAAAAAUCAAUCUUCUACUCUAGUCUCAAUCCAUCAUUUAUAAAACACGAAUAACUUGAAAUAAAUACCUUGUAUAAAUAGUUUCAAUUAUGGAAUUUGAGCCUUGAAUCUUGAACUCUAUGCGUUCCUGCUUCUAAGAAUAUUUGGGCAGAAGAAAAUGAGGGAUUUUGAAAAUUUCUGCUAGUUUAGGACGACUUUAGGGUUAUAAAAUGGGUUGGGAAAGUUACAUGGGGUGAAAGGACAUGUUCUACAAAGAUGUUUCCAUACUAAAGAAUGGGUAUCACGUCAUCGCAUCUUGCAGAUUUCAGGUCAUAAUCGCAAAGGCAAACGUGAAUACAAAAGAUAUGGCUCAUGCAAGUGUGGCGUCUCUUAUGAGAACAAUAGAAUCACUCUUGACAUCCAAUUCACCAAUGCAAUCUCUAACCUGUGAUCACAGAGAAGAUUUUUCUGCUCUUCAUGAAAAGAUUAGUUCCCUGGAAGUAGUUGUCAAGAACUUUGAGAAAAACAAUGUUUCGGGGGAAAUGACAGAUUUGGAAGUAGAGAUAAAAGAAGUUGCAAAUAUUGUUGAACAAACAAUUCAACUAAGAGUAACUGAGAUUGUAUUGGCAAAUGAUGAAAAGACACAUGAGACGCUUUCCGAUACCCUGCAACUAGUAGCAGAUGACAUAGAUUGUAUCAGGAACGAGUCGACAAAGAUUCAAGAUAAAGGCAAACAAGUAUCAGAGGGAUCAUUGGUUCAAGAUUUUUCAAGUUUAACAAACAAUAUUCUCAAUGUUAACAAUAAUAUGGUUGGACGUGAUGAUCAAAAGGAACGCUUGUUAGAAGAUCUGACUAGAAGCUACUCUGGUGAACCCAAAGUCAUCCCUAUUGUCGGGAUGGGAGGCAUAGGUAAAACAACCUUAGCGAAAGAAGUUUACAACAGUGAAUCAGUUCUACGCCGUUUUGAUGUUCAUGCCUGGGCUACUGUAUCUCAACAGCACAACAGAAAGGAAGUUUUGCUGGGCCUUCUGCGAUCGACGAUCAAUAUGGAUGACACGGUUACGACGAGAGGUGAAGCAGAUCUUGCAGACAUGCUGCAGAAAUGUUUAAAGAGAAAGAGGUACUUGAUUGUCUUGGAUGAUAUCUGGAGUUGUGAAGUGUGGGAUGGCGUGAGACGAUGCUUUCCAACUGAAGACAAUGAAGGAAGUCGAAUACUGUUGACUACACGAAUCAAUGAAGUAGCUUGUUAUGCUGGCACAACGAAUCUUUCUUUGCAGAUGGGCUUCAUGGAUCAAAAUGAGAGUUGGAACCUUUUUAAAAGUGUCGCAUUUGCAAAUGAAGCAUUACCAUAUGAGUUUGAGACUAUUGGGAAGCAAAUAGCAGAUGAAUGUCAUGGGUUACCACUAACUAUUGUCGUGGUUGCUGGACUUCUGAAAUCUAAAAGGGCAAUGGAAGAUUGGAAAAGUGUUGCGAAAGAUGUUAAGUCACUUGUCGCAAAUGAUCCUGAUGAACAAUGUUCACGUGUACUUGGGUUGAGUUACAACCACUUGACUAGCGAUCUAAAAGCAUGUCUUCUGCAUUUUGGGAUUUUUCUAGAAGACAGUGAGAUACCAGUGAAGAAUUUAAUGAGAUCAUGGAUGGCCGAGGGGUUCCUGAAGUUGGAAAAUGAUUUGGAAGGAGAGGCCGAGAAGUGUUUGCAAGAGCUUGUUAAUAGAUGUCUAGUCCUCGUCUGCAAGAAAAGUCUAGAUGGAACAAAAAUUAGAUCAUGUAAGGUUCAUGAUCUAAUAUAUGACCUGUGCUUGAGAGAAAUUCAAAGGGGAAAUGUUUUUAUCAUGAACGACAUUGUGCUUGACAGUAUGCAUAACAUGCAGCCCUUUAAGCGCGUGACUGGUGAUGAAAUUUAUUUUGGUUUUUAUAGGGUUCUUCUUACCCCUGUACAUCGUCAGUUGAGAGAUCAUGACAACAACGAUCUUUUGAAACGAACCCGUUCUCUUUUCUCUUUUCAUCUUAAGUAUUCAUUUUCUUCUCCUGUUCUUAAAUCAGAGCUUAUUCAUUUCAAAUUACUCAAAGUCUUGGAGUUGACACACAUAGAGAUUGAUAAUUUCCCUCUACAGAUACUGAGCCUCAUCUGGUUGAGGUACCUAGCAUUGCAAUUCCGUAAGAAUUUAGACAUUCUUCCAGAAAUUUGCAGGUUAUGGAAUCUGCAGACAUUCAUUGUUACAGGGACUACUGGUCGAUCAGAUUUAAUAACUUUCCCCGAAGAAAUUUGGGGACUAAUGCAAUUAAGGCAUCUCAAAGUGAGAUCAUUUUAUCUGCCAAAUCCCCCAACCAUAUCUGUUGACAAAGGAAGUCACACGGGUUUUUCAAUCAUACAAACUACUUCUUACUUAUCUUCCUGUUGUUGCACAAAGGAGGUUAUUUUGGGGAUUCGGAAUGCUAAAAAAUUAGGAUUCAGUGGAAACAAUCUUUCGGACUCUGGGCUUCACAACAAUCUUGUCUAUCUGCAGCAACUUGAAACAUUGAGUUUUAUAAGAUGUUCUUGCAUCCUUUUGCCAGUGACCAGUGCAAAAGCUUUUCCAGCAACACUCAAGAAGUUGAAGUUGGAAAGUACUUAUCUAGGUUGGUCGUACAUGGAUAUCAUAGCUGAGUUGCCUAACCUUGAGGUACUGAAGAUCAUCGAUGAUGCUUGUGAUGGCGAAGAAUGGCAUCCAAAUGUUAAAGUAUUUACUCGAUUGAAGUAUUUGUUAAUUGAAGAUAAUCGUAUCAAGUACUGGAAAGCCACAAAUGACAACUUUCCUGUCCUUGAGCGGCUUGUGCUUAAAGAAUGCAGUUAUUUGAAAGAGUUACCCAUUGAGUUUGCAGAAAUCCACACACUACAGCUGAUUGAGCUAACAAGUUGUCUUCCCGAACUUGGGGAAUUUGCUGCAAGAAUUCAACGAGAACAAGAAGACCUCGGAAACAACCCCGUGGAUGUUUUUAUCUCCGAUCCAUUGAGGGGGAGAGAUUCUGUACCAGAAGAAUAUUAGCAAAGGAGUUGAAGGGCAGAAGGAUUGAACUCUUGGGAUUUCAUAUUGGUUCCUCUGUCACAAAUCACCACUAAAUUAUCGGUUUCAAGCAAUGUGUGGCUUCUAAGGAGAUGUGAUAUCUUUUGUAUUGUGACAUAUUUUUGAGUUAAUAGAAUUGUAAGUACAUAUGCCUUGAAUCAUAAGUAGGUGAUGAUAUAAUAUACAGGUUUCCACGUAUAUUCUUAUGUGACUAAUGAUGAAGUAUCCGUUCUACAUCGUUUUGAUGUCUGGGCUUAGGCUACCGUAUAACAACAACACGAUGUAAAGGAAAUCUUGCUAAGUCUUCUGCAUUCUACAAUCAACUUAGAUGAUGCAGAUACGAUGAAAGACGAGGCAGAGCUAGCAGACAUGCUACCGAAAAGUUUAAAGUGAAAGAGGUACUUAAUUGUCAUGGAUGACAUCUGGAGUAGUAAAGCAUGGGAUGAUGUGAAACAAUGUUUUCUGAUGGAGAACAACGAGAGCAGAAUACUGCUGACUACCCGUAACAAUGAAGUGGCUUGUUAUGCUGGUACAGAGAAUCUUUCGUUGCAGAUAAGCUUCGUGGAUCAAGAUGAGUGUUGGAACCUUGUUAAAAAUGCAGCAUUUGCAAAUGAAACAUUACCAUCUGAAUUCGAGACUAUUGGGAAGCAAAUCGUGGACAAAUUGCAAGGACUACCACUAACUAUUGUCGUGUUUGCCGGCCUUCUGCGCAAAUCUAAAAGGAUAAUAGAAGAUUGGGAAACUGUUGCAGAAAAUGUCAACAAUCUCUUGAAACAAACUCAUUCCAUUUUCUCUUUUUGUCGUUAUUCUUCAGUUUGUACUCUCGAAUCAGAGCUUAAACAUUUCAAGUUACUCAGAAUCUCGGACUUGGGUCCGAUAAUGCUUGAUAAUUUCCCUCCACAAAUACUGUACCUGGUUUUGUUGAGAUACCUAUGCCUCCCAUUCCGACAAUUGGGAUUACUUUUAGUUCAUCGGAGGAGCCUCUUGUAAGUUCUUCAAACAUCCUUUUCUUUUCCUUGUCACGUCCCACCAUAUUUCUCAAAACUUCCAGAGUAGGUAAUUUUUCUAAACUUGUACCUUGUGCCAAGACCAUGUCGAUGCUGAUCUUGAAUGUCUUUCGAAUCUUCUUGGACACAGUCAAUGUCCUUCACUACUUGCCGCAAGCUCUCGCGAAGUUUCUCAUGUGCUUUUCCUGUCUGCGUUUCAUCUUCUGCUAUCAUAGCUUCUCGUAGUCCAAAUUCAAUUUUGUCUUCAGCAGCAUUCGCAAAACCUAUCCGUGCUUCCAAAUCUGUCAUUGCCCAAUAACUACCGAUUUGUUUCUCCGAGUUCUUGAGAAAUGCCUCUAUGGAACUCACUUUAUUACGAAGAUCUACAAUUUCUUCUCUGUGAUAACAAGCAAGGGAUA